CGCGGGAACGGAGCACCAGAUCUCCGGCACGAUGAAGCAGCUCCACAAGCAAGCAAGCCUCAACCAGCACCUCCAGAUGCCCACCCACUCCGCCAAGCCCUCCAAGCCCCCUCCCCGCUCCGGCGCCGCCCGCUCCGCCGCCUCCUACCUCCUCCGUGAGCAACGUCUUCUCUUUGUCCUCGUCGGUGCUUUCCUUGCCGCCUCCUUCUUUCUCCUCCGCCCUUCUCUCCCGGUACCCAUCUCUCACCCUUCCACCUCCCACCUUAUCCUCCCCCAACCCACCUACACCCUUCCCACCACCCCCUUCUCCGCCGCCCGCCGAGUUCCGGCUGCUCUUAAGCAGCGCGGACGCCGUGUUGUUGUCACUGGCGGAGCUGGGUUCGUUGGGAGUCACCUCGUCGACAAGCUCAUCGCCCGCGGUGACAGCGUCAUCGUGAUCGAUAACUUUUUUACAGGGCGGAAGGAGAAUUUGGUCCACCACUUCGGUGAUCCGAGGUUUGAGCUGAUCCGGCAUGAUGUUGUGGAGCCGAUCUUGCUGGAAGUGGAUCAGAUCUAUCAUCUCGCUUGCCCCGCUUCUCCUGUGCAUUAUAAGUACAAUCCCAUCAAGACUAUCAAGACAAAUGUGAUGGGAACCUUGAACAUGCUGGGCUUGGCAAAAAGGAUUGGUGCUCGGUUCUUGCUAACAAGCACAAGUGAGGUUUAUGGUGACCCGCUUGAGCACCCUCAGAAGGAAACUUAUUGGGGCCAUGUUAAUCCUAUAGGUGUAAGGAGCUGUUAUGAUGAAGGGAAAAGGACAGCAGAAACGUUAACUAUGGAUUAUCAUCGAGGUGCUGAGGUUGAGGUGCGUAUUGCACGUAUUUUCAAUACAUAUGGUCCUCGCAUGUGCUUGGAUGACGGGCGUGUUGUUAGCAAUUUUGUUGCACAGGCCCUUCGUAGACAGCCAAUGACCGUUUACGGUGAUGGAAAACAAACUCGAAGUUUUCAGUAUGUAUCUGAUCUGGUUGAUGGAUUGGUUGCACUAAUGGAAAGUGACCACAUUGGACCUUUCAACUUGGGAAAUCCUGGAGAGUUCACCAUGCUGGAGCUUGCUGAGGUUGUCAAGGAAACAAUCGAUCCUGAUGCGACCAUCGAUUUUAAAGAGAACACUGCAGAUGACCCUCACAUGAGGAAACCAGAUAUCACCAAGGCAAAAGAACUUCUGAAUUGGGAGCCGAAGGUCUCGUUGCGAGAAGGGCUUCCGUUGAUGGUUACCGAUUUCAGGAAACGGAUUUUGGACGAGGAGAACUGAUCACAACUUCUGUCUGUACAAUAUGAAAAAGAAACCCAUCAGAGUACCCAUUAAUUUGAAUUUAUUUAUGCAUUCUAUCAGUAGUACUCAUUGCCAACGUUUGAUUUUUUCAGGCACACAGGCAAUGUUUUUUA